AUGGACGAGAAUGGCGGCUCUAGGCUUGAAAUGCUGACCCACAAGCCGCUUCUAUCCAACGACGACCUCGUGAAGCUGGGCGUCGUCCGCGGAGCCGAGCUCAUCAUUGAUGAGGAGAAUCCAAUCGAUUUGGAGCCUCGCUUUUUCAAUCCUGGCUCCGCUCAUGAGGUUGCACAAGGCGUGCGGAACUACGAGGAGACUCAGAAGUGGGCACGCCGAUAUCCAGAGCAAGAAACCCCCAUCAACCCAUGGGGUUAUCCAGAAGCGGAUAUGGAUGAUAUCAAAGAAUUUGCCUGUGAUUGCUGGAGUCUUGUAGACUGGCGAAGGAGGUAUAGCGUCCGUGAAAGUCGUUUUACCUGGAAAAAGAAUCCGAACUGGGAUGAGCCUUUGUAA